AUGAACCCACCAACAGGUUCUAAACCCAAGUGCAAGUUCUCUAGUCGCAACCUCAAUGCUGUUUUUAAGGCGCCAAUAGGGACGAAGCCUUUGCCAGACAGUGCCACUGGACCGCUGCAACGGUCUACGAACCACAUGCUUGUGCUUGGAAAAACAUCCGUGACACCUCCUGCACCCCUCAAUACGCCCAGUUUAAAGAGUGAGAGCAAAGUGAACGACAUGCAUGUGAGUCUCGUACCUGCGGGCUCCAAUUGGGCGAAGAAUGCUGAGAAAUGUAUGCAAAAUGAAGAAUUAGAACGUUCACCAGAUACGAUCAACGCAACAGCGUCCAGUACAGUGUUAGAGAAGGUCUGGACACCUGAAAAUGUGGCAGAGCAUCUUCAUACUUCUCGAUUUGUUGCUCGUCCAAUAGUGGCGGUCAGGAAUUCUGGACGCUGGGGAGAUGACGCUGUGGAAGACGAUAUUGUCCAGAACAAUAUUCGUCGUCGGCUUCAGAAAGAAAGAGAGUUUCCUGACUUGAAAAAAUCAUUGGAAGAAACACAGACAUAUCGUGGACAUGGACACGUUUCUACUGCCGGUGAGAUGCAAUUGAUGAGGCCGCGGCAGGAGCCCGAGCAGCGUCACGGAAGAGCAACAGGUCGUUGGGCCCAUUUUAACAAGGAGGAGAUGCAUCAUUCGAUGCAAGAUACCGGUAGUCGAUGGUCUCAUAGUCAAUAUGAACGCGACGAAGACGAUCGUUGGUCCCGCGACCAGUCGAGAUUUGGUGCCUACGGACCUGAAAGUCGACGGCAUGAGAACGUUGGGUGGUCAGAUCCUAAUGACUGCCACGCUCACUUUAGCCGCAGUGACGUCCGCUUUGACAUAGUGGCGUCCGGUAAUGGUGACCGUGUUAUGAACCACAGCCCCUAUCGCAUGAAUUGGGGCACUACUCCAUUGAGUCAUCGAGAUGCUUCCCUUCCGUCUGUAUCUUCAAACGAGGACUCCUGUGUCCAAACUUUACAGCCGUUUCGUUCUUCAUCUCCCCCUCCAGUGCUAGCAUCUGGUUCAAUAGCAGUGAAGCUGGCCUCGAAAAGGGAAUAUGAUGGACCUGGCCAUGCCAGAGAAAACUAUCAGUGUACAAACAUUGUGUGGUCGGAAAAUGAGGAAUUGUCUACUUCCGUGGCUGAGGAAAUGCAAAGCAGUACAGAAUCCUCGUCCAAUUCGCUAUCUCACAGCAGUCCUGGUCCCCCGCAGCAUCUUAAGCUGCUUAAACGUCCAAAAAUGCUAUUUGAUCCCAGAACCGGCGGCAUUGUAAAUGCUGAAGACAUGACGCGACCAGACAAGCGUCAGACGGAUGGAUGCAGUGGAGAUAAAGACCGAGUGAAUACCGUUAGAAUAUCUAAAACAUCGGAAUCAAUACGUGCCAGUAAGCGAACAAACUGUAAACGAGAGGCACAAGCUCAAGCAUUAACUUCGAAGUCAAAAAGUGGUAAAGCUGGACGUAAAGAGGCAAACUUGACUCCCGAAAUCGUCGAUGCUGUUUCCAGCAUGAGUCAAAUGACUAUCGUAGCAAUCGAGCAAGAAGCUGUUGUCAAGGGCACAGCGUGCACUAGCGAGACAUCAUCUAUGACGUCGUCGAAUGCAGUAGAAUUGAUGGCUGACCAAGCAGACAUUAAGGUGGCUUCCAAAGGUAGGAGGGUCAAGAGGGACAGUAAGCGUGUGAAAACGAAGCAGCCUUUUCGACAAGAAGGUAAGUCUCAAGUGACAAAACCACCGCAGGAGUCACGUACUUCGACCUCCUUAACUACCCGGCCGAAACAACAGCACCGAAACUCACGUGAUAAUACUGCUGUGAAUGUACGUGGUUGUUCGACGGCCAGUAGUGGUAACGCCACUGAUUGCAUUAAGUAUAACAUUCUUAUGCAGUGCGAUGGACGCGAGGCAGUGGGCGACAAACUUGUUCAGCACGAGAGAGAGAUGCAGAAGCCGAAUUUGGACCAUACAGGCCAUAUCUUGCUGACGUCGACUGCGCUUGGACCUAAUAGUGGCGUUGUGAUGCAGUCAGACGAGCAACAAGACUUCAAAGUCAGUUCCGUGGACGGUGGCUUUGAGACGGUCAAGUCACGGCGAGACGUACUGUUUGAGAAGAACCAGUUGCGAGAACGAGUGAUAACGACAGUAGCAGUUGCUCCGUUGCUAGACGAAAAGAAGCGCGAUUGUGCAUCACUUGAGGUGCAGGCAGCUGUGCCGAGCAAAGAGGUUCAAGAGAAGAAGUUAUAUAUGGUGGCAAAGGUAUCGAAGGUAGCCACACCACCUGAAACGCUGAGGCUGCAUGGUAAGGCUGCCAAUUCGCGUAGAAGUGCAAAUGAGGUGAUCAAGGACAAGAAGACGAAGUGUGUGUCAAAGCAGGCUACAGGAACACGUUGGUCUAAGAAGAAGGAGAUGUCAGCAAAGGCGAAGGUUCCUGUCCGUGGAAGCCAUUCUGAAAUGCCUGAGCAAGUGGCAUUAAGAUCCACUGAACAAGUUGCUGGCGAAGCUCCAAUUGAAGCCUCGCUUUUGAAGAAGAGCACGAAAGGGACGAAGGCGACGGUGAAACUAAAGAAGAACAGACAGAGCGACGAGAUGUGCAAGACGAACGACCCGAAGCGGGUUUCGAAUAUUGCAAGCACUAGUCGACAGCAGGAUCAAAGCAGACGACAAGGUACUAAACAGUCUGCUCAUAGUGGUGUACAAAGUGUAGGUUCAGUGACUACGCAACCACGAGAGUCAGGCGGUAUUACUGCGAAAAGGAAGGCCAAACAGGUCCGGCAAGUGUACGUGGUGAAGACACUGGCGCCAGCUUCGGUCAGUGCGACGUUCACUACUGUGUAG